AUGGCCUUGAAGAAGUCAUCAAACAAGCUCUCACAAGCUGCACUUGUUAAGCAUAUCAUGAAGAGGUGCUCAAGCUUAGGAAAGAAACAACAUUAUGAUGACGUACCCAAGGGCCAUUUCGUCGUUUACGUUGGCGAAAACCGCAGCCGCUAUAUCAUACCAAUUUCAUUCCUAUCGAGGCCAGAGUUCCAAAGUCUACUCAGGCAAGCGGAAGAAGAGUUUGGGUUCGAUCAUGACAUGGGGCUAACCAUCCCUUGUGAAGAAGAAGUCUUUCAAUCACUUACUUCCUUGCUUCGGUUCUGA